AUGUCAUCACAACCGUUUCAAGAUCUCGGAGUCGCAAGAUGGCUCAGUGAAUCACUAGUAGCAAUGAAAAUCCACAAACCUACAUCGAUUCAAGCCGCAUGUAUACCGGCUAUACUCAAAGGUCAAGAUUGUAUUGGAGGAGCCAAGACUGGUUCCGGUAAAACUAUUGCGUUUGCAGCACCUAUGUUAACACAAUGGUCAGAAGAUCCCUACGGCAUAUUUGGACUAGUGCUCACCCCAACUAGGGAAUUGGCGUUGCAAAUCGCAGAGCAGUAUACCGCUUUAGGAGCACAAAUGAAUAUAAAAGUUUGUGUUGUGGUUGGAGGUGAGGAUUUUGUCAAGCAGGCUUUGGAAUUGCAAAAGAAACCACAUUUCGUUAUCGCCACGCCAGGGAGAUUGGCUGAUCAUAUUUUGAACAGCGGUGAAGAGACUAUUAGUGGAUUAAGAAGAGUGCGAUACUUGGUUUUGGAUGAAGCAGAUCGCUUAUUGAGCAAUAGUUUUAGUAGUGAUUUGGAAAGGUGUUUUUCAGUAUUACCCAGUAGUGACAGAAGACAGACGUUGCUAUUCACAGCCACUAUAACCGAUUCAGUUAAAGCAUUGAAGGAAAAGCCUCGUUCAGCGGGGAAACUCCCAGUAUUUAUGCAUGAAGUGGACACAGUUGACAAGGUUGCCAUUCCGUCGACUUUACUGAUUGAGUACGUGUUUGUGCCCUCAUACGUGAAAGAGGCCUAUCUACAUAGCAUUUUACUUUUACCCAAAUACAAAGAAUCCACCGCGGUUGUAUUUGUCAACAGGACAAUCACUGCUGAAGUUUUGAGACGAGCAUUGAGAAAAUUGGAUUUUAGAGUGGCAUCAUUACAUUCGGAAAUGCCUCAAUCCGAGAGAACAAACUCGCUACAUAGAUUCAAAGCUGGUGCCGCAAGGAUUCUAAUUGCCACUGAUGUCGCUUCAAGAGGUUUAGACAUCCCCACUGUGGAACUUGUGGUGAACUUCGAUAUACCAGCCGAUCCUGAUGAUUUCAUUCACAGGGUUGGUAGAACAGCAAGAGCUGGUAGAAAAGGUGACGCGAUAAGCAUCAUUAGCGAGAAAGAUAUAGAGCGGAUUCAGAGCAUCGAGGAGAGAAUUAACAAGAAAAUGGAAUUGUUGGAAGAGAUCAAUGAUGACAAGGUUAUCAAAGAUUCAUUGGGUGCAAUGACAACCGCCAAGAGAGAAUCAAUGCUGGAAAUGGACAAAGAAGGGUUUGGAGAAAGGAGAAAGAUCAACAAACGGAAACAUUCAAAAGAAGAGCCUAGUCAGUCCAAGAAACUGAAAAAGUCCAAAUUUAAUAAAUAA